AUGGCUACCAUGUUGUCGCGAACCGUCUCACUGGCUGAGAAUCUUGUCCGAUUCAACGGGUCCAAGAUAUUGGGAUGCAAAACCAACUUAGUUAAGCAACCAGUCAGGAACUUAAAUGUACACGAACACAUCAGUUACAGUUUGCUUAAUGAAGCUGGGGUGCCUACUCCAAAAUUUGGAGUUGCCAAAACUCCAGAUGAAGCAGCAAAACUUGCUGCUGACUUGAAGACGAAAGACAUUGUUCUGAAGGCACAAGUUUUAGCUGGUGGCAGAGGAAAAGGUCACUUUAAGGGUACUAAUGUCAGUGGUGUAAAAAUGUGUGAAACGCCAGAAGAAGCAAAGAAGUUAGCAAGUCAAAUGUUGGGUAAAUUAUUAAUUACAAAACAAACAGGCGAAGGAGGUAGAAUAUGCAAUGCGGUGAUGGUAACACAGCGCAUGUUUCCUCGCAAAGAGUACUACCUUGCAGUUAUGAUGGAAAGAGCCUUUGGUGGUCCAGUUAUUAUAGCUUCAAGUCAAGGUGGUGUAAACAUUGAAGAGGUUGCUGCAACAAAUCCUAGUGCCAUUAUGUAUGAACCCAUUGACAUACGUACCGGAAUUACAAAAGAGCAAGCAGAUCGGGUUGCUGUUAAACUUGGUCUUCAAAAUGUUAAAGAUUACAUUUCCAAUAUCAUUGUAAAUCUGUAUCAAAUGUUCCUCAAGAAGGAUGCUCUCUUGCUAGAAGUGAAUCCUCUUGCAGAAGACAUUAAUGGAAAUUACUUUGCAUUGGACUGCAAGUGCAGAUUUGACGACAAUGCUGAGUUCAGGCAAAAAGAAUUAUUUGCUUUGAGAGAUUGGACUCAGGAAGAUACGAAAGAAGUCGAAGCAGCUAAGUUUGACUUGAAUUAUAUUGCACUCGAUGGUAAUAUUGGUUGCAUGGUUAACGGAGCUGGUUUAGCCAUGGCUACUAUGGACAUUAUAAAAUUACAUGGAGGAGAACCAGCCAAUUUCUUAGAUGUGGGUGGUGGUGCAUCCACUUCCGCUGUAAAGGAAGCAUUUAAGAUCAUUACAUCCGAUUCACGUGUUCAUGCUCUCUUGGUUAAUAUAUUUGGUGGUAUCAUGAGAUGCGAUGUUAUUGCAGAAGGAAUUAUAGCUGCAACUAAAGAGCUUAGCUUAAAAAUUCCUGUCGUUGUUCGAUUGCAGGGUACAAACGUAGACGAAGCGAAAGCCCUGAUUGCAAACGCAGGUUUAAAAAUCGUACCAAUCGACGAUCUUGACGAAGCAGCCCGAGUUGCGGUUAAACUGUCGACGAUUGUUAAGUUAGCACAGUCGGAGAAUUUAAGCGUAAACUUCGAGAUACCUUCAAUUUCAUAGAUAUAGCGAAAUUGUAAUUUAGACAUUAUAAAAGAAGUGAAGUUACGAGAAUGUAUUCACGUAUUGUUAAACGAUUGGAACAACAUUUGAAAGUAAUAACUACAUUAACAACUUCGAAUGUUAUUUCUGCGCUUAUCAUUUUAGGAUUACAGCUCAGUAUAUCAAACGUUGCCGUGACAAGUUCGUCAAAUGUUUUUCGGACAAAAUUGUAUUUUUCUGAGAAAAGUACGUGUUUUUUCACAGUCCUGUAAAUGUUGAAUAUUAGAAAAAUUACCAAGAUAAUUCGUUCGAAUCAUUUGGUGUUGCUUUUUUCCAAUGUAAGCACAAAUUCUUACUGAGAAGCAUGCAUGCUUCUCUGAGAGUAUUUAUUGCUUACCCAUCGACGGGUCUCUGUGAUUCAGUAUUAAAACUAAGUUAUACGAUAUAUAUUUAUCAAGAUAGCUAUAUUUUUUGCACGAACGUCUCCACAACACUCUCUCAAAGCUUGUAUUCGUAUCGUCAAGAUGCAACAGUUACGGUCCGAGACAGAACCUUUUGUAACGCUACCUGCAAAAGAAAUUGUUGUAUUUGAGCCAUAUGUCAUCCGAGCGAAGGCCUGUUUAAUGUAAUAUAGACAUAUACAUGUAGUUAUAUGUAUACAUAUAUAAAUUAUUUUACGUAA